AUGAGAAGGCCAGUGUUUGAAGUUCCUCUGAUCCUGUUUGCUGUGAUGUUGAUGGGCACUGUGGCCAAAAAUUGUGAGUGCAAUGGGAGAUCAAGGUGCCACUGUAAAGGAGUAAAAGGCAGCAGGGGAGAAAAAGGUUUUCCCGGACUUGAAGGUCCCCCAGGAUCAGGGGGCCGUCCAGGAUCAGAUGGUCAUGCCGGACCAUUGGGACCAAAGGGCAACACUGGGCCUGUUGGACCUGUGGGGCCAAAAGGCGAUCCGGGACCUGAAGGCAAAGAAGGAUUUGCUGGGUCUCAUGGUUUACCGGGUAUCACAGGUUUACAAGGACCUCCAGGACCAGUUGGAGCUCCAGGCUGCAAUGGAACAGAUGGAGACGAUGGACCUCCUGGUGUUCCCGGGGCCCAUGGGAUUGAUGGACCUGCAGGUCCACCUGGCUUGCCUGGACCAAAGGGUGAUUCUCAGAUAUCACAGAAUACAAUACCAGGGCCACCUGGGCCACCUGGGAGGGAUGGAGAGCCGGGAAAUCCAGGUUUCCCUGGAGAGCGUGGAUUACCAGGGGACCCUGGACCACAGGGAUAUGUUGGGUUUAUUGGCCGCCCUGGGGCUCCAGGAUCUAAGGGUCAAGAGGGCAUAGGUAGUGUCCCAGGACCUCGUGGACCAAAGGGGAGACCAGGACCAAGAGGGCCACCGGGGCCACCAGGUCGCAUCAAGGAGUUUUUCUCUGAGAGUCUCAUAUUAAAAGGUGUAAAAGGAGACAGAGGAGAUAUAGGAGAUAAAGGCUGCAAGGGUGCACCAGGAGACCUUGGUUACGGCUAUUACACCAAAGGGGCAAAGGGCGACAAAGGACCGGAGGGUCCAGAAGGAAAACCAGGGAAGAAUGGUAAUCCUGGACGACAAGUAUUGGGACGGCCUGGCCCUGUAGGUGAGCCAGGAUAUCCAGGGACACCAGGACCGAUGGGUGAAAAGGGAGAUCAGGGUCCUCCUGGUCCGCCUGGAGAUGUGAAUAGUUGGCCUGUGAUCGAGCUACUGAAAGGAUACCGUGGAGAUCCUGGUUUCCCAGGCCCACCUGGACUUCCUGGUCGUCAAGGUGUUGUGGGAUUUCCUGGAGCUGAUGGACCUCCAGGCCAAUCAUCUGGGGUUUAUGUGCCUGGCCCACGUGGUCCCACUGGCUCUCCAGGCCCCAAAGGUGAUCCUGGGGAGUCUGGGGAUAUUUAUCUAGGAUCCCCAGGUCUAGAUGGGGAUGAAGGCGAUCAAGGGCCUCCAGGGGAUCCGGGUCCGCCUGGACCUCCUGAAGACAGAACACACAGGACUACCAAAGGUCUGCCAGGAAUGAAGGGAACGAGGGGUACACGUGGACCUAUGGGAUAUGAUGGGACGUAUGGAAAGAAAGGAGAGAAAGGGGAGCCCUGUUAUGAUUGUAUUGGAUCAGGAUCCCCAGGACCACCAGGUCCCCGUGGUCCACCUGGCAUCCCGGGAUAUAGUCAAGGACCAGGUGCUGAAGGUGAUCCAGGCCUCCCAGGGCCUUCUGGCUUACCUGGACUGCCAGGUCUUAUUGGUCAAAUGGGGUUUCCAGGCCUUACGGGACAAAAGGGAGACUCACAUUAUUACAGCAGUCCUGGGGUGAAGGGAGAGAAAGGUGACCCGGGACGGAUUGGUGGGCCCGGUGGAAAUGGCCUCCCCGGGUUUCCUGGGCUACCAGGUCGCAAAGGAGAUCAAGGGCCUCCGGGGGAUUCAUAUCCCUUCCCUGGUUCAGAGGGAGACAUUGGAUUCCCAGGUCCACCAGGGCCCUUAGGCAAUCCGGGACCACUCGGCUAUCCUGGGCCAGAGGGAUUUGGCCCCACUGGAAUUCCUGGAAGUAAGGGAGCUGUUGGGGUACCUGGCUUUCCAGGACAGCCUGGAUUUCCAGGCCAGAAAGGUGAACCUAGCCCCAUCCACACUAAAGGACUUCCAGGACCCCGAGGGUUUAAAGGUCAGCCAGGUUCAACUGGAAGCCCAGGUAGUUACGGAGCCCCAGGAACCCUAGGACCUCCAGGUUUACAAGGACAGAAAGGAGAAAGUGGUGAGGUGUCAUUUCCUGGAAGGCCAGGAUUCCCAGGACAGAAAGGUGACAAGGGGCAGCCAGGUCUUCCAGGCUUUCCUGCUGGGGGCUUGCCUGGUCGGCCAGGACCACUAGGUCUUCCUGGACCCGCAGGACAGAAGGGGGAGAGUGGCCUUGGAUACCCUGGCCCCCCAGGACCCCCAGGGCCGACAGGAGCAGAUGGAGCUCCGGGGGCUUUAGGAGAUCCUGGAAUCCCUGGGGGUUCUGGGAACCCAGGACGAAAUGGCAAUCCUGGUUUUCCAGGAGAAAAGGGAAUUAAAGGUUCUGUAGGGCCCCCUGGACCAGCUGGUACUAAAGAUUCAUGUAAAGGUGAUUUACCUGGACCAAGGGGAGCACAAGGACCAGAUGGUUAUCCAGGACUUCCAGGACCUGACGGCUCCCCCGGUGAGAAGGGAAACCCAGGUUUGCCAGGGUUUGGUCGUCCUGGUGCCACCGGUGAACCUGGCCUUCUUGGGCCAUCAGUACCAGGCUCACGUGGGCUUACUGGACAAAAAGGGAUCAAGGGACAAAACGGCGUGCCUGGUCAACCAGGACUGAGAGGAGACCCGGGACCGGAUGGGUUACCAGGAUAUGGAUCAGAAGGGUUGCCUGGAAUUACAGGACCACCAGGCCAAAUAGGUGACCCUGGCCCAGAUGGAGCCAAAGGUGUCCCAGGUCCACCAGGAAUGAAUGGCGACCCAGGUCCCAGAGGUCUUCCAGGCCUUCCAUCACCACAACCAUUAAACAUUUUUGGGCCCCCAGGGGAGCCUGGCGAUCUGGGUCAACCUGGUCUCCCUGGUGCCCGUGGAGAUACUGGAGGUAUAGGACCAAAAGGGCAGAGAGGGAUACAUGGAGCACGAGGGAGUCCUGGGCAAAGAGGUUCCCCAGGUGAUCCAGGUGUUGAUGAAUCAGUGCUCUCAGAAGGAAGUCGAGGACUUCCUGGAGCUCCAGGAGACUCAGGAGUCCAAGGGCCUCCAGGCCAAAAGGGAAUAAAAGGAGAUCGAGGAAUCUCUGGAAGGCCAGGUCCAGGUGGUGUACCAGGUCCAGCUGGAAACAAAGGGGUUAAUGGAGAGCCACAUUACUGUGGAUAUGGAUUGCCAGGACCAGCGGGACAAAAGGGUGAACCAGGAUUAACCAGUCCUUAUGUGAUGAAGGGUCAGAAAGGUGAAUUUGGUUCUUUUGGACCUUCAGGUUUACCAGGAAGCCACGGAGCCAAAGGAAACCCAGGGCCUAUUGGACAAAAUGGUUCACUUGGCUAUGAGGGGCCUAAAGGUUCAAAAGGGCCUCCAGGAAGCAAAGGACAGCGGGGACCCAAUGGAUCACCAGGUGUUCCAGGCCUGCCAGGUAGCAGGGGUUACCCAGGUCCUAAAGGCAACCCGGGCUGGGAUGGGAUCCCUGGACCACCAGGGCAGGAAGGAGACACUAUCAUAAUAGGAGGGACUCCUGGCAGGCGUGGUGACCCAGGUCAACAAGGGCCCCCCGGGGAUCGUGGUCCCCCUGGCAUGUCUGUUUCAGGGGGUCCUGGACCAAUAGGAGACAGAGGAAAUCCAGGUUCACCUGGGCUCACUGGUCUUAAAGGACCACCAGGAAGAGAUGGUGAAUGUGUUUCUGGGUCAAAAGGAAACCUUGGCCAUCCUGGCCCUUCUGGUAGCCCAGGCUAUCGUGGCUUACGUGGCCCUCCAGGUCCUACAGUGUAUCUCUUAAAAGGAGACAGAGGGGACCCAGGUCCUACAGGAGUCCCAGGCUCUAGUGGACCCCGAGGAGAUCCAGGCCUUGAAGGUCCAACUGGUCCUAGAGGCAGACCUGGAGACCCGGGACCAAGAGGUGAUUCUGGUCCUCCUGGAAACUAUGGGCCUCCAGGUGGUAGGGGAGAUCCUGGAUACAUCCCAGGCCCUCCUGGUCCACCUGGGAUUAAAGGAUUUCCUGGACGACCUGGCCCCAAAGGUGAACCAGCGUUUAGCAUAGAAAUAUAUGAACCAGGACCUUCUGGCUUAACUGGUACCCGUGGCAAUCGAGGAGACCCAGGGAUUACUGGACCACCAGGACUGCCAGGCCCACCAGGUCAGCCAGGCGUCAAAGGAGAGCCCGGUUUCAACCCAGAUGGCCCGCCCGGCUUUACUGGCCACAAAGGAGACAAAGGAAUAGCAGGGCUUCCAGGUCCAGAUGGUAAACUUGGAAAUCCAGGCAACAAAGGUCCUCCAGGGUUGCCAGGGACAGGUGGUCCAGGUUUUGUUGACAGUUUCCUGAUAGCCAGACACAGUCAGAGCAUCAGAGUCCCUGACUGUCCUCAUGGCACCAGCCUCAUCUACUCUGGUUACUCCUUCCUCUUCAUCAAUGGAAAUGAGAGAGCUCAUGGUCAGGACCUUGGCACCAUGGGAAGUUGUCUCCCUCGUUUCUCCACCAUGCCAUUCCUGUUCUGUGACAAAGAGCGUAACUGCCGCUAUGCCUCUCGUAACGACUACUCUUACUGGUUGUCCACUGACACUCCCAUACCUGCCAACAUGGUUUCCAUCACAGGGGAUAAACUGGCCUCCUACAUCAGCAGGUGCUCAGUGUGUGAAACCACCUCCAACGUCAUAGCCGUACACAGCCAGACAACUCUGAUACCUGACUGUCCACAAGGAUGGGAGUCUCUAUGGAUUGGAUUCUCUUUUGUCAUGCAAACUGGUGCUGGAGCAGAAGGCUCCUCCCAGCCCCUGGUUUCUCCUGGCUCAUGUCUGGAAAGUUUCCGCCAAGUGCCCUUCAUCGAGUGUCACGGCAGGGGGACGUGUAACUACUACCCUGAUUCCUACAGCUACUGGCUAGCCUCCCUAGACCCCAACAGCAUGUUCAGCAAACCCGUUCCUCAGACAGUGAAUGGACCUUCUCAACAAAAUGUCAUCAGCCGAUGUCGAGUCUGCAGAAAACCAACAUGGCAACACGGUAACAGCCAGAGUACUGAGAAAUAAUUAACCAGUCUACACAGAGCUGAUGUCAGUGGGUGACGUAUAAAGGUAUGAAGUCACACCAGAUGACACACAUGACAUCCGGACAGGCAGCAUGCUGUAAAAGUGACACUCUUGCUUUGGAAUUGUCACGAUGUGUUUUCACGUGCAAAUAUUGAGUCAUUCUCCCCUCACUCUAAAAGCAUUUCGUUGAUUUUGAGCAUGUUAAAUGGUGCAUGGAAAAGAUGAAACUUUAUGACUCAUGCUGCCUGCAACUUUCUCAAAUCCAUUUCCAAAUGAACUGUUGGGAGGCUGUCUCUGAGGC